AUGGCCAAACCAUCAUCGAAAACUCCUCCUUCCUUGGUCAAAAUGGACAGCAAAGGUAAAGGCAAGGCUAAAGCUUUACCUCCCUCCAAACGACCUCGAGCAUCAACCUCUUCCAGCUCUAACUCUAGCUCUCACUCCCAUUCCGAUGACGAUGAAGGAGAUGCUCACGGUGGCGACAAAUCAGCAAUGUUAGCUCUUCUCGAAGCUCAAUCCCGAGCAAUGCUUGGACUUGCCCCUCUACCGACUCAAGGGGAAAGUAGUACCGCCUCUAAAGGGAAGGAGAGGGCUCUAGAAGAGUCUGAUCAUGGUUCAGAAUCUGGAUCCAGCUUGGAUGACGAUGAUGAAGAAGAAGGAGAAGAAUAUAUAUCGGAUGACGGAUGGGGUGCGGAAGAUGGUUUCGUCACGGAUAGUGAGGAUGAAUUUGGCAUUGACCAAGAAGCUCUGGAAGAGGAGGCAUCAAAAGUGCCAGAAGUGAUAUUUGAUGGUGGUGUAGGUAGUAAGAGGGACAUGGGAAUGUCAAAAGCGGAAAGAAAAGCAUUCAUGAACGGUAACUCAGCUAAGAUGAUGGGACUUGAACCUGAAGAUGACGGAUACAGUAUCCUCAGAAAGAUUAAGAGAGCUAGAGCAGGUUCGGAGGAAGAUGAUUUGGAUGAACAAUCAAACCUCAAACUCGAUCGAACACUACAUAAAAUGUUACUUACCACCCUCCUCCCCACCGAUACUCUGGACAAAGCCAAUCGACCAAGUGAAAAAAGGAACCACUUACAAGGUCGACUAAGGGAACUUGCAUCUUUCAAUCUACCAGGUGAAGGUAUAUCCUCUCUCAGAUCAGCAGAACUGUCCAGACAUCCUGCGCACAUACGAACGGCGAUAAUGCAGAAAGCGCAAAAGAGGGAAAAAGCCCAGAGGGAAGAACAGAGAGCAGCAGGGAAUAUAGAUAAACGAUUUGGCGGAUUAUCAGAUGGUGGUGGAAAGAGCAGAGGAGGAGGGGAGGUGAAGAGAGCAGAUAUAGGUAAAGAAGUAGGUAAGAAGAAGGGUAUGCAGGGUAGGACGAAAGAUGAUUCGGAGAGAGCGAGGGGAUUGAGUUUGGGUGUGGGCAAGUUCUCGAAUGGGAUGUUGAAAUUGAGUAGGAGUGAGAUACAGAGCGUGAAUGGCGCAGGGAGGGGUGAUGGAGGGAGGAGAGGUGGAAGAGGGGGGGAAAGAGGUGGGAAGAGGAGAUAG